AUGGACUACGAUAAAUGGGUGGCGGUGGGAGAACGAAUGGGCUUUUCAGGUUCUGAGCUUAGCGAUUAUGUGGAUAGAAAAGAGGAGUAUAGUGAACGUGAGGAACGUAUGUUGAGUCGAGAAGAAGAGAGUCAGAGACGAGAUGUGGAAAGGCGGCAUCAUGAUGAUGAACAACGGAGUGAACGCUUGAAGGAAGAACACGCCUUGAAACAGGAAGAACGAGCUUUAAAGGAGGAAGAACGAGCUUUAAAGGAGGAAGAACGAGCUAUGAAACAGCAGGAAUUGGAAAUGUUAAAAAUAAAGGCUGAAGCCGGAGCUUUAGCAGCUGAUAAAGGGACUGACCACCAAAGCAGUAAAACAUUACGGCCAAGAGUCCCGAAGUUCGAGGUAAGUAAAGAUAAUAUGGAUGCAUAUCUCGAACGAUUUGAGCGGUUUGCAAAAAGCCAGGGAUGGAAAGAAGAGACAUGGGCUGUGAGCCUCAGUUCAUUGCUGACAGGAAAAGGCCUUGACGUAUAUACAAGCAUGCCUCCAGACCAAGCCAAUGACUAUACUGCAUUAAAGAAAGCAGUUCUGAAGCGUUAUCAGUUAACAGAGGGAUCCUACGAGGAGAGACAGAAAGAUAGGCAUGGCGUACAAGAUUCUACACCUAAAGACUGGAGAAAGAAAGAUCAGGAGCAUAAAGACAGACAGUACGAUGACAGGAAAGUGUCAGCUUCAUGUAUAGCUGUAUCAUUAGAUGAUAAAAAGGUAAAAGUCAACAUAGAAGAUGGACGGCUUAAGUUACGAGAUGGAGAAUCCGUUAGUUCCUUCAGCAAAGAUACAGAAACCAAACAGGAUGAACUUUAUGUCGAGCGAUUAGAAAAAGCUCAGAAGGAGGACAGUACCUUAGGAAAACUGUGGACAUAUGCCUCGGAUAAGAAGAAAAUGAAGACGAAGAGUGGUUUUACGUUUCUCUGUGAAGUCAAGAAGGAUGUAUUGUAUAGAACAUUCGAAGAAAAGGAAGGCAGUAUAAUCAAACUCAUUUCAGAAAGAGGGUUAUGUCUUUAG